AUGGUCGAUGCUUUAAACGGUCUUCUGGUCUAUUACAAGGUAAAUAACUUUACUUUAUGUUACCUUUUUGGCCUCUUUUACAGGUUUUUGUUUGAUAUUUUGAUUUCUUACUUAAAAUUGUAUUAUUUUAUAUUUUUGUAUAAUAUCAUGCUUUUUUAACUUUUAUGACAUUCUUUUUAGAGGUGCAAUGACCCUGAAAAAUACGAGAGAAUUUUGAGACAAAAGAAGAUGUUGCUCAAGGAGAGUCGUAGCAACAGCACCACGGCCAACAGCGAUUUUUAUGCGGAUUCUUCUGGAAAUGAGAAACAACGUAAGAACUUUCUUUACAAAACAAAAAAUGGCAAGAACUUUCUUUGAACAGUAAAAAAUGGCAAGAACUUUCUUUACAAAACAAAAAAUGGCAAGAAAUUUCUUAAAAAACAAAAAAUGGCAAGAACUUUCUUUACAAAACAAAAAAUGGCAAGAACUUUCUUUGAACAGUAAAAAAUGGCAAGAACUUUAUUUGCAAAACAUAUAAUGGCAAAAACUUUCUUUACCUGAAAAAUGUAAAAAUCUUUUAAAAAUAUUAAUUUUUAGGCCAACCGAGUGGAAAGUCCUACCUGAGCACGUCCGCGUCAACGACCGAUAAUUCGCCUAUCAUUCGUUUGGCCGAACCUCGCCGAGACCCGUUCUUGGCUAGAAAAGAGCGAGAACAACAAGAAAGAAGGGACAAUAAUUCUGGUGAAGACGAGUCGGGAACUGACGAAAAGGCACACAGGGAGGACAGGAAACAUAGGAUCAAGAUGAACAAAGACCAGUACAAAAACAACGAACUUGUUAGUACUACUAGUUCAAGCACUAUUCUUGUACGUCUUUUUUGAUUUAAAAAUGGGUUAAUUUUUUUAAAAUAUGUAAAUUUUUAUUUUGGGUAUGUAAAAAUUUCAAAAACUUACUUUACAAAUAAAAAAAUGGCAAAAACUUUCUUUACAGCACUUUUUUUUAACUAUGUUAUAUAAGUUUACAAAUUUCAGGAACUAACCACCUCGGACGUCCCAUCCUUGCCCCAAUAUUCGGACGAAAUCGAGUUGGACGUGCUGGAUAAAGGCACGGAUGAGCUGUUGUUCAUGAAGUUGAUUCAAGACAAAAUGAUGGACGUGAUUGGGCACGGUAUCGCGGCCGGAGUGGCGGCCUUGGCUAACACCAACGUACUUGACGAAAAAAUCAAGCAAUUUGGGCAGCAAAAAGCCAGUAUUUGUAAUGAAGAGUCGUACGCUGGUCGGAUUAGUGAGAUUCCACAUGGUAGGUUUGCUGUUUUUGGUUUAUAGUAGUCCUAAAUGGGUUACUGUGUGUUAGGGUAAUACUAGUAGGAUUACUGUAAGCUACAAUAAUACUAGUUGGAUUACUGUAAGCUACUGUAAUACUAGUAAUAUUACUUUAAGCUACAGUAAUACUAGUAUCACAGUAACAAAAAAUACGGUAAUUAUAAUACUAUUACAGUAUUACAUGCUUUAGACCAAAGACAGAACUGGGACAAGCUAAAGAACCAGUACAGUAUCACCAGCUCCACAAAGUCACCGGAGAAGAAACCGGCGGUAGAAAAGAAGUCACAGAGUAAAUCACCGGAAAAGAAAAAAGAAGAAAAGUUGGAAAAGAAAGUAGAAGAGAAGAAAGAACAGAAAUCGAAGAAAGAAGAAGAGAAACCGGAAAAGAAGAGUAAAAAGAACAGCAAGAACUUUGAACUGAAGCUGGAUGUUACUCAGGUACUGUAGUUUGAUUUUUUUGAGGUUUUUUCGAAAUUUAAUUUUUUUAUUUAAAAUUUUUGAAGUUUUUCGAAAUUUUUAAAAAUUUUAAUUUCUGGCGAGAUUUUCGAAUUUAAAAAUUUUAGCGUGAAAUAUCGCCUCAAGACAAGCAUCACGACUCCAUUUCCAUUACUAUUUCACCGUCACAACCGCCGAGUGUUGUAGCACCGGCGUACGUUGCUAUUGAGCCAAAAAGAGUCAAACCGGGUCAAGUACAAGUUCACAAGAUCUACGUGGAACCGCGCUACGGAUACACGCAAAAGGUCGACAGUUUCUUGUUUGGGCAUGAGGGACAGCCUAUGGUAAGUUUUAUUUUGUAAAGAAAAUUUUGGAUUUUUUGCUUUGUAAAGAAAGUUUUUGCUAUUUUGUGUUUUGUAAAGAAAGUUUUUGCAAUGUCUUGCUUUGUAAAGAAAGUUCUUGCAAUUUCUUGCUUUGUAAAGAAAGUUCUUGCAAUUUCUGGUUUUGUAAAGAAAAUUCUUGCCAUUUUUUGCUUUGUAAAGAAAGUUGUUGCAUUUUCAUUUUUUGUAAAAAACGUUAUUUUCUUUUUAAGAUUUUGUAAACAAAAUUCUUGCUUUAGCACACGGUAGUCAAGGCGAACAACAAAAGAGUUCAGGAGUUUUUCGAACUGCCAAUCCUAGACUUGAGCUGCAGUCACAGCUCGCGAACUCGACACACGUCAUCGGACGGUAACUCACAGUGGGACCCACAAUCGUACAGCCAGGAACUCUCGGCCAUUCAUUCGCCGGAUCUUCGCAAUAAGGUAUAUCGACGAAUGGUACGAUACCUGUAUAGCGACGUGAAAUUUGUACUUUUGGAUUUUUUUUAAUUUUAAAACAAAAAAUGAUAAGUUUAAAUAGUAAUUUUAAUAUUAAAUUUUUUAAUUUAACAUGUUAACAUCAAGUUUUGUAGCGUGAAGAAAGUGACGAAGCCGUGAAGCCUAAAGCACCAAAGACUUCUCAACGCAAACGGGUCGAUAAGCAGCGCAAAGAGCGACGGGUUUUGGAGUACGAGAAAAUGGAGGAUGCUAAGCCUAAACCGAAGCCCAGUUUUGAAAUGAAAAUGCCUUGUUGCAGCUCGAGAAGACCGACCGGUCGACCCGAGGACCGAUUUGGUGCUGGCGGGAGCCCAAAGUCAAGAACCAUGAGCUUGGAUGAGCCGUCGGGACGUCACGCUAGGCCUAAAAAGAACACGGUGGAUUAUACUGUAAUGCCCAGGGCUACGGUAAGCGGGUUUUGUUUUGGUACUUUUAGGCUUGCAUUUGUGUUUUAGGCUUAGUUUUUCUGAUUAAUUUUUAAGUGGGCUUAGCUCUAAAAUAACCUUAAGCCUAAAAUAAGUUUAAGCCUAAAAUAAGCUUAAGCCUAGCAUAAGCUUAAGCCUAAAAUAAGCUUAAGCCUAAAAUAAGCUUAAGCCUAAAAUAAGCUUAAGCCUAAAAUAAGAUUAAGCCUAAAUUAAGCUUAAGCCUAAAUAAGCUUAAGCCUAAAAAUGACUAAAGCCUUUAUUUUAAGGUAAUCAAGACCUCAGAUGGAGCAGUAAUCAACCUAGCGGCGGAUGUGUUUGAUAAGGAAAACAACCUACAUCAUCAUAACAUUGUCUCCUGCCUUCAGAACUUUGAACCAGCCCAAGUCAACGCGAAUGGCAAGGAAAUGCGUCGUCGGCGAUGA